GAGACAGGUUAAAGGCAAGUGGGGUCUCACCUCGGAUGCUUUAUCUCCUUCAGUUUCAUCUUGUCGGGGCUCAGAUGGGAGUUAAAAGUGGCACGGGUACCGAAGUAAGAACACAGGGUGUGCACUGGCAGGAACGUGGCAGGGUGUAAGCAGUCACCUGCAGUUGAAUUGAGCCUCGGAUGGGAAGUAGGAAGUGCUGUGCUGAAGCUUCCUGUAUAAAUAAAUGCAGCUUUCCCACAGCUACUGCAUGCAAGCUGUGGCGUGCUUUAAAGAUAUAAUGGCAGCGUGCUCUUAAUAGCAGGGAGGGGAUUAUUUAUCAGAGUGGCAAAGGGACUGGGAGGCAAGUCCUGCUGCAGUCCUAAAAAGUGCACAGCUGUCAGAUAGACAGAGAGGAGGAAGGGUGUGCGAGAGAGAUCUGCCUCUGCCUCUGAUUGCAAGCUACAGUGGUUGUGACAUUAUGAUUCUUGGGAGCGCUGAAGUGUGAGUGAAGCUAUUGAAAAGUCAAACAGCUGGGAGUGAAGACUGCUCUGCUUUCAAGGGUGAAUGUAAAACUUCAGGAGAAUCCAGCUAGUGACCAUCUGCUGGACCGGAGCACCACCACACUGCCCGAGCAGAGCAAGCUUGGUUCAUCUGGCUUGUUCCCAACGUGAUGGCCGCAGGACCUGUGGGCAGUAGAUCUGCUGACAUUGACAGAGCUGCAUCCUGAGCAUCGGGAUGUCCCAGUUCAAGGCUCAGUUCCAGCAGAACUGGCUGAAGGUGGUGGCUUCUGCGAUACAACGGUCUGACGGCCUCCCAUGCAGGAAGGCUUAUGUCUGUCCUCAUGGAGUUGGGCAGUACUGCUGUGGUGUGGCUGCUGUCAGUGCUGAAGAGAGAUGAAGACCAUGCUUGGAUUGUGCACUGCAGUUUAGCAUCAGGGUGCGUUGUUUCUUUUUCAGUCUUUGCAGAGUGGACGAUUGGUGAGCAGAUGGGCUCUGCUGGGAAGGCUUGCCCUCUCACCAUGACAGCUGAUAAGUCAGAAGCUGGAGAGUUAGCUCUGGAGCCGCUGCUCACCUGCAAGCUAUGUCUCUGUGAAUAUUCCCUGGAUAAGAUGACCACUCUUCAGGAAUGCAGCUGCAUCUUUUGUACAUCGUGCCUGAAACAGUACAUGCAGCUGGCAAUUCAAGAAGGUUGUGGAUCUCCUAUCACUUGUCCAGACAUGGUAUGCUUGAACCAUGGGACCCUACAAGAAGCAGAGAUUGCCUGUUUGGUGCCUGUUGACCAGUUUCAGUUGUACAAGAGGCUGAAGUUUGAACGUGAAGUCCACUUGGACCCCGAGAGAACAUGGUGCCCUGCGGCUGACUGCCAAACGGUGUGCUGUAUAGGGCCGAGUGAGCCAGGAGUGCCGGUGCCAGUGGAGUGUCCGGCUUGCCACCUGACAUUCUGCUCCUCUUGCAAGGAGACGUGGCACCCACAGCGCCUGUGCCCAGAAAACCAAUCUACUCUGGUACCAACUGAGCAGGGAUCACUUAUUGGAACAGAGACAGAGGCACCAAUUAAGCAGUGCCCAGUUUGUCGGAUCUACAUUGAGAGAAAUGAGGGCUGUGCUCAGAUGAUGUGCAAGAACUGCAAACACACAUUUUGCUGGUACUGUCUACAGAACUUGGAUAAUGACAUCUUCCUAAGACAUUAUGACAAAGGCCCUUGCAGAAACAAGCUAGGCCACUCACGUGCUUCAGUGAUGUGGAACAGGACGCAGGUUGUAGGGAUCCUCGUUGGACUAGGUAUCAUAGCAUUGGUGACCUCUCCCUUGCUGCUUGUGGCAUCUCCAUGCAUCAUCUGCUGCAUUUGCAAAUCUUGCCGAAGCAAAAAGAAAAAACAAAGUCUGCCAGCAACCUAACUCUAUGUCUGUUUGAGCCUCUGUCUGUACAGCAUAUGUUUGUGAGAAAGCACAAUGGUUGUAUUUUGGUGCCAUACCUACCAAAUAAUGCUCCCCCCCCCCCUUUUUUUUUUGGCCAAUUCUUGGGAUAAGUGCCUAUUCUCUACAGGCUACUCUAUCACUUACAAGUUGCAGUGUGGAAAAAGUCUAGGUAAUAGUGCAGUACAUAUGGUAUAGGUUUUUUGCUUUCUAAAA